ACUGUUCAAACGACCGCGUUUUCACACCAGUUAAGGUGAUCGCACCGUGCAGAGUUAGCCAUGGCUUCUGAUGGACCAAAAGCCAAGAAACUGAGACUUUCUGAGGAGAAGAAGACAGAGUCACCAACCAAAAAGACUCCUGCAGAACUAAGCCCUAAUUCACUCUUUGGGAUGGGAAACCCCUUACUGGACAUCAGUGCUGUUGUGGACAAAGACUUCUUGGACAAGUACUCACUGAAACCCGAUGACCAGAUCCUAGCAGAGGACAAACACAAAGCACUAUUUGAGGAGAUAGUGAAGAAGUUCAAAGUUGAAUACCACGCUGGAGGAGCCACACAGAACUCCAUAAAGAUUGCUCAGUGGAUGAUCCAAAAACCCCAUAAUGUGGGCACCUUCUUCGGCUGCAUUGGCAAAGACAAGUUUGGAGGUAUCCUAAAGAAGAAGGCUGAGGAGGCCCACGUCGAUGCCCACUACUACGAGCAAGAUGAAGAGCCCACAGGGACGUGUGCUGCAUGCAUAACUGGAGAUAACAGAUCUCUGGUAGCUAACCUAGCUGCUGCCAACUGUUAUAAGAAGGAAGAGCAUCUAGACCUUAAAGAAAACUGGAAGCUGGUGGAAAAAGCUAAAGUCUACUAUAUUGCUGGUUUCUUCCUGACCGUCUCUGUGGAGUCCAUCAUGGAAGUGGCGAAACAUGCGUCUAAAAAAAACAAGCUGUUUUGCCUGAAUCUCUCCGCGCCCUUCAUCUGUCAGUUCUUCAAGGAUAACCUCAUGCAGGUUAUGCCCUACGUUGAUGUGCUGUUCGGCAAUGAGACAGAGGCAGCUGCAUUCGCUGAGGAGCAAAACUUCGAGACCAAGGACAUGAAGGAAAUUGCCAAGAAAGCCCAGGCUUUGCCCAAAGACAACAAAAAGAAAGAAAGGAUUGUAGUGUUUACCCAAGGGAAGGAGGAAACUGUCAUUGGCCUAAGUGACAAGGUCGAGACAUUCUCUGUACUGACGAUUGACCCAAAAGAAAUUGUAGACACAAACGGUGCAGGUGAUGCCUUUGUAGGAGGUUUUCUGUCUGGGCUGGUUCAGGACAAACCACUGGAUCAGUGCGUGAAGGCAGCACACUACGCUGCCAACGUCAUCAUCAAACAAGCAGGUUGCACCUUCCCAGAGAAACCUGACUUCAACUAAGGGAUUCCCAGACAACUUGUACAUCCACCCGAAACCUCACUCACAGCCUGCCAUGCACAACGCCAACCCAUAACUUCUACAAAUACUAUCAGCAACCCGUCCAAAUUGUUUUUCAAUUUCCUUCCAAUUGAUUGUUGGGUUCCUUCUGACAAAUGUGCGUGUCUCUUUUCCCCGCCGCUAGUGGAUCAUGCAGCCAAGGGCCAAGGGAAGAUUUGUUCAUAUAUGUUACCAUAAACAAAACAUGAUAACAUCACAGGAUGUGAUAAUUUUGCUUUACACAGACAAUCUUAAAAGAAAUCAUGUUUUUAUGGACAUUUGUUUUUGUUUCUUAAAGUUUUUUGGCUCUCUUACACUGCCAACGUUUGGCUGCACCGAUGCCUAUCAGUGUUGACAUCUCACAAGUCUGUUGUUAUUCCCCCUUGGAGACAGAAUCAAACCACUACAACUUAAUUCCACAAAUGGAGGACAUGUUAUACACAAGUAGAGGACUGAUAAACAAAAUAUCAGUUAAUGCAGGUUUUGGAUACUGCAUUGAAAUGUGCAGUAGUGAUUUGUUUUAGUUACAUUAUUUUAAAAUGAAUUAUUCCUGAUUAUGAAUUUGUUCUUGUUUAGAUUGAACAGGCCAGUUAUGAAACCAAAGCUAUUUCUAUUAAGUGUACACUUUUAAUCUGUGUCAAAGCCUCUGCCCUCUUAAGUCCUGUGAUGACUGUUAAAUAUCAGCUUUACUGUGUCGACGUCACGACCGUGGAAGUUUAUUUCCUUACGCUGUUUUUUGGGCAGGUGCUUCUAGUCACACGUGCCUUUUUUCCUUCCUUUAUCUGUAAAUGUUACAAAGUUUGCAGACGGCUACUUGUGUUAUGUGAACCCGCAUCUGUCUGAACAGGGAAACUUGCAAACUAGAUCAGUGAUGGUCAUGGGCCACUGGUGGCUUGUGGGGGAGAAAAUGGAAAUACAUCUUUCAGAUGCAUGUAAGUUAUAUAAUUGAAUGUUCUCUGUCAGAGGAACACAGUGGGUAAUAAAACUGACAUAUCCCUCUAUUGUUUAUUUCUCUCCUGAAUAAGUGGCCUGUGUUCUUUCUGGGUGUUUAUAUCUCUUUGUUGUAACACAACUUCAAAACCCUGUGCUUUGCUAAAUCAGAUAUAAAUGGAGGGGACAUUUUAACCAAAUCAGAUUUUUGAGAUUUUGGUGUGCUAACUGCUACAAAUGUCGAAUGGGAGAUACAAAAGAAAUGAAGAGAAACAAAUUAAGAACAUGUUUUAAAUUCAAACCACACUCGUGAUUUGGGGCCGGACAUUUCAAACCAUCUGCAUUAACCUGAGUUUGUGGUCUGCGCAACAUUGAAUACUUGAAUACAACUAUCCUGAAAAUAGAUAAUAAAUUAUAUCAUGAAGAUGGAGAAGAACGUUUUCUGAAUACAACAAGAGUUGUUUUGAAAUUUGUACUGCUGUUAGUAUUGUCCCACUGUUAGUUUCUUUUUAUAUUUUCAAAUACACCAAUAAGCCUUAAGUGACAAUUUAUUCUUGGUAUCAAUUGCACUCAAGUUGCCCAUGUUUGUGCUGAACUAUCAUGCCCAAAAUUCACAAAUAAAAUGUACAACAAUC